CACUUUACCAACAUCUAGCCAACAGCCCAGACAACCGAUCAUAGAAAACGUAAAUCUUGCAACGAGAGCUUCAUAAGCGAUCGUCCGCCACCAUCAACAACAUCCGAAACUGUAGGCCACUCUGGGUCUCUGUGGGAGUAGUGUGGCGACAGAAAUGCCAUCCAGAGAAAUUGAACGUUAAAUGUAACAAGAUGCCCAUUUCUGGUGGGCCCUCAAUUGCUCCCCAUUCCUGGCCAUUUCUUUCUUUCCUGUAGGGGGCUUGAAGUUGUGUACUGGUUGCCUGUCAAUGAGGGACUUCUGAUAAAUAACAGUUUGCAAGGUGUAACAUUAAUUUAGAAGUGCAUGCAUGCCACCAAAAUGGAAGAGCAGCAAACUGUAGUUAUUCAAGUGAACAAUGCAGACUGGGACCAACAGACAAUAUCAAACUUUGAGCACCUGCAGGUCUCAAAUUUGGCUACCAUAGAAUGUGGGGCUGUGCAGGAAGUCUCUAAUAUUGGCGAUGUUGUCUCUGAAGAAGCAUCCCCUAGUGAGCACCAUUCAGAACUCGUGAAACUCGAUUUGGAGAAAUUGGACAAUAAAAGCCCAAAGAAAAAUGAAGUAUCUAUGAUGAAAUAUGAGUGCCCUUAUUGUUUAGCAAAACUGAAAACAAAAUUCUCUCUUAAUUCUCAUCUUAAGCUCCACACUGGAGAAAAAUCUUUCAUGUGUGACAUUUGUGGAGACUGCUUUAAAACUAAAGGGGCAGCAGACAGGCACAUACGACUACAUUAUCAUAAGAAGGAGUAUUUUUGUGGAUUGUGUGGUGCAGAGUUUGCUAGUAAAUUCUCAUGCACUAAACACAUGAAAAGCUCUCAUAGAGUUCCAGCGAGUGAUGUUAACAUGUUUAGAUUGAAAGAAGAAGUGUUAGAUGAAGGGGAAAAUGUUCUACUUAUCAAAGUGAUUAGGAAUGGAGAGGCAUUUAAGAGAAGGUUCAGAUUUGUUAAGGGUGUGUGAAAUGAAGGAUUUUCAUGAAAUUACAUCAUUUUUUUCUUUGAAAUGUGUUUUGUCAUGCAUUGUAUGCUUUUAAGUAUUUUUGUUACACCUGUAAUGAAAUUCUUGAUAAUAAAGUUAAAAUAAU